AUGAUGCAAUGCAGAACACCCUGCUAGCUACCUGCAUGCACCGCCCAUCUUGUAUAAAUACCUACCCAGCUGUUGUAUAUGCCCAGAGAGCACCCACACAUGCAGCAGCAGAGUACACUGUAUCUGUAGUAGCUAGAUACUACUCACUUGGAGUAUAAGCCUAGAUAGCUGGCUCCUCCUCCGCCUAGAUUACUGAAGCUACCUGCAUCUGCAAUUCUGCAUGGGAGCAAAUUAACGAGUGAUCGAGGGCUGCUGUUAUUCAGAUACUGAUCGAUCCACCUCGUCCAUCACUAGCUCGAGUUAACAUCCACAGCAGCCCAGAUGGAUGAUGAGAAGAGGGAGGGCAGGUACCGCGGCGUGCGGAAGCGGCCGUGGGGCAAGUUCGCCGCCGAGAUCCGUGACCCGGAGCGCGGCGGCUCGCGCGUCUGGCUCGGAACCUUCGACACCGCCGAGGAGGCCGCGAGGGCAUACGACCGUGCCGCAUUCGCGCAGAGGGGCGCCACCGCCGUCCUCAACUUCCCCGCCGCCCAGCAGGCUGGCUCUGCUGCAAGAAGGGGCACCACUGCAGGCGGGGGGUCGUCUUCUUCCUCGGCUCCCGCGGCGACCGGGGCCGGGAGGAGGACCGCCGACACCGAGAAGGUGGAGCUGGAGUACCUCGAUGACAAGGUCUUGGACGAGCUGCUCGCCGAGGACUACUACAGCAGUAAGAAGUACUAGGGUACAUCGAUUGAUCACUCGGAAAGAAUAAGUUAUAUGCUAAAUUAAGCUGCUUCGAGGGAGGGAGGAAGAAGUGUCUCCCGUCCGUUGGUUUGUGCAUGCAUGGCCCUGGCUAGCUAGAGCAUGGGGAUGACUAGUCAUGGAUGCUUGCAUGGACACAUAUAUACACGUGUAGACUAUACCAGUGACACGUCCUAGUCCAGGAGAGCAUGCAGAUGCAAUGCCCGCGCUUUAUUACCUCGAAGGAGGAGCAAAGUGAUUAAUGGGAAAUAUAUAUACUCUUCCUGCGUUACAAAAAAUAGUGAUACUUGUAACUAUGUAUGUCAAGGAAAUGAGUUCUCGUUGAUUCUCUA